AUGUUGGGGUAUGGGUGUGGGAGGAUGAGUGUUAGAAGGGUGGUGGGGGAUUUUUGUUUAAAGAAUUUGUUGGUGGUGGAGGGGAUUGUUUGGGUUUUUUUUGGUUGGGGGGUGGUGAUGGAUGGGGGUGGGUGGGGGGGGGUGAGGUUAGGGGGGGGGGGUGGAUGUGUGUUGUUGGUGGUUGUGGGGUGUUGGGUGUGUUGGAGGUGGGGGGUGGUUGGGGGGUGUAUGGGUUGGAGGUGUGGGGGUGGGUGGUUUGGGGGUGGUGGGGUUUGGGGUUUUGGUGUGUUUUUGGGGGGGGGUGGGGUUGGUGGGGGGGGGGGGGGGGGGGGGGUUGGGUGGGUGGGUUUUGUUUGUGUGGUAUGUUUGGGUUGGUUUGUAGGUAUGGUGGGGGGUUGUGUGAUGGUGGUUGUGUUGGAUUGUUGGGUGGGGGGGUUUUGUGUUGGGUUUGAUGGGGUUUGUUGGUGUGUAGGUGUGGGUUGGUUGGUUGGUGUAGUGGUUUGGUGGUGGGUGGGGGGUUUGUGGGUGGUUGGGUGGGGGGGGGUAGGGUGUUUAUGGGGGGGGGGGGGUUGGUUGGGGGAUGUGGGGGGGGUGGUGGAUGUUGGGGGGGUAGGGGGUGGGGGGGGUGGAAUGGGGGGGUGGUGUUGGGGAAUUGGGUGUGGUGGGUUGGUGUGUUUGGGGGUGUGGGGGGGUUGGGGUGGGGGGGGGUGUGGUAGUUUGAGUGUGGGGGGGGGGGGGGUGGGGGGGGGGGUUGGUGGAUGGUUGGGUGUGGGGUGGGGGUGGGGGGGGGUGUGUUUGUGUGGGUGGGGGGUAUGGUGUGGGGUUUGGGGGGUUUGGAGUGGUGGUGGUGGGGGUGGGGGGGGAGUUGGGGAGGUGGGUGUGGGGGGGGUAGAUGUUGGGGGGGUGUGGGGGGUGGGGGGGGUAGGUUUUGGGGGGGGGGGGGGGGGGGUGGUUAGAUGUUUCGGGGGGGUAGGGGGGGGUUUGGUUGGUGGUGUUGGGUUGAGGGGGGGAAGGUUGUGUGUAGGUGGGUGUGGUGGUGGUUGGUAUUGUUUGGGGGGUUGGGGGGGGGGGUUGUUGGGGUGGGGUGUGUGGGGGGUGGGGUUUGUAGGGGUGGGGGGGUGUUUUGGGGGGGGGUUGGGGUGUGGGGGUGGGGUUUUUGGUGUUGGGUUGGGGGGGGGUUGGGGGAUUGGUGUGGGGGGUGGGGGGGGGGGGGGGUUGGGGGGGUGUGGUGGUAUGGUGUGGGGUUGUGGGGGGUGGGGGUGGUAUUGUUUGUGUGGGGGGGGGGGGUGGGGUGGGAUAGUAGGGGGUUGGGAUUUGGUUUUAAUGGGGAUGAUAGUAAUUGUGUUGUUGGAUGGGGGGGGGUGUAUGGAGGUGGUUUUUUUGUGUUGGAUUGUGAAGUGGGGGGGUGGAUUUUGGGGGGGAAGGAGGUGGAAUAAUAAUUUUGGGGGUUUGGGUGGGGGGGGGUUGGGGUGUGAUGGUGUUUUGAGUGGAGUAAGUUUGGUUGAUAAUUGUUGGGUGGGGAUUGGAGGGGGGUAUUGGGGUGAUGGUAUUAGGGAUGGGUAUGGGUGGUUAGAGUUAGGGGUGGGUGGGUGGUGUGGGGUAGAGGAGGGUGUGGGUGUGUUGUUGUUAUGGGAUUGUGAUUGGUUUGGUGGGGGUGUGUGGGUGUUUGGUGUGAGGUGGGGGGUGGGUGGGUGGGGUGGAUGUUGUUGGGGGGUGGUGGAGGUGGGUGUUUGUUUAAGAUUUGAUGGUGAUUAUUUUUUGAUUGUGGGGGGGGGUUGUUAUUUGGGGGUUUUGUGUGGGGUGGGGGAGGGGUGGGUUGGGUUGUGUGUUGUGGGGAUUUUGGGUGGUUGUGAUUGGGUGGUUUGGGGGGGGGUUGGUGUGGGGGGGGGGUGGGUGUGUGGGGGUUGGGUGUAUGUGGGGUUGUUGUGGGUGGGGUGGUUUUUGGGGGGGGGUUUGGGGGGUGGUGUUUGGGGUUUUUGUGUUGUGUUAGUAGGUUGGAGGUGUUGGUGGGUUGGUAUUGGGGUGUUGUGGGUGUGGGUGUUGGGGGUUGGUUGGUUUGGGGUGUGGGGGAUGUGGGAGGUAUGGGUUGGUGGUGGUGGGGUGUGGGUGUUUGGUGGGGUUGUGGUUGGGGGGGGUGGGGUGGGGGGGGGGGGGGGUGUUGGGUGUGUUGGUGGGGGUUGUGGGGUUGGUUGGGUUGUGGUGGUGAGGAUUGGUGGUUUGUGUGUGGUGAGGUGGUGGGGGUGGUUGGGGGGGUGUGUUGGGGGGGUGGGGGGGGGUGGUGGUAGGGGGGUUGGUUUGGUGUUAUUGUUAGGUGUGGAUAUGGUUGGGUUUGGUAUUUUUGAGGGUAAUGGAUUGUAUGGGUUGUUGGGUAUUGUUGGUGUGGUUUUGUGGUGGGUGGGUUGGGUUAUGGGAUUUGUGGUUGGUUGUGUGUAUGAUUAUUGGUUUGGGUUGGGGGGGGGUUGUAGUGUUUGUGUGGGUUGUAUGGGGGGAGUUGGGGGGUGGGGGGGGGGGUGGGUUGGGGGGGGAUUGUGGUUUGAUGGAUUGUUGGGGGUGGGGGGGUUUGGUGUUUUUUGGGUGUGGGUUGGGUGGGUGUUGGGGGUUGUUGGUGGGGUUGUUUUGGGGGUGGUGGGGGGGGUGGAUGGUGGGUGGGGUUGGGGGGGGUGGGUUGGUUUUGGGGGGGGGGUUGUUGUGGGGGGGGUUGGGUGUGGGGGUGGGGGUGGGGUGGGUGUGGUUGGGGGGGGGGGGUGGUGGUUGGUUGUUGUUGUUGGGGGUGUGUUGUGGGGUUUGUGGGGGGGUUGUGGGGUGUUUUGUGGGGGGGUUUUUUGUGGUGUUGUAUUGGGUGUGUGGGUUUUGGUGGUUUGUGAUGGGGGGGGUGGGGUUGGGUGGGGGGAAUGUUUAUUUGGGGUAUUAAUUGGGGUUGGGGGGUUUGGUGGUGGUGGUUGGAUUGGGGUGGGUUUGUGUGUGGGAGGGGGGGGGGGGGGGGUUGUGGGUGGGGGGGUUGGAGGUAUGGUUGGGUGGGUGGUGUGGGGGGGGGGUUGGGGGGGGUGGGUUGGGGUGGUUGGGGGGGGUUUUGGGGGGGUGGGGGGGGGUGGUGUGGUGUGUGGGUGGGUUGGGGGGGGGGGUUGGGUUGGGGGGAGGGGGGUGGGGGGUGUGGGUGGGGUGUUUGGUGUUUUUUGUGGGGGGUGGGUGGGUUGGGUGGGGGUGGUGGUGUGGUGUUUUUUUUGGGGUGUUGGGGGGGGGUGUGUGGAGGGUUUGGGUUUUUUUUGGGGUUGUGUGGGGGGGGGGGGGGGGGGUGGUUGUUGUGGUUGGUGUGGGGGGGGGUUAGUUGGGGAGGUGGGUGGGGGUGGUUUGGUUUUGGUGUGUUGUUUGGUUGUGGGGGGGUGUGGGGGUGGGUUUGUUUUGGUGUGGGUAGGGGUGUGGUUGGUGGAUGGGGGGGGGGGGGGGUGGGAUGAUUGGGGUGUUGUUGGGUUGGUUGUUUUUGUUGGGGGGGGGGGGUUUGUGUGUGUGUGGAUGGGUGUGGUUGGGUUGUGGGUGUGUGUGGUUGGGGGGGGGGUGAGGGUGAGUGGGGUGUUUGGGUUGUGUUGGGGGGGGUGGGGGUAG